AUCAAUUAAAAGUAUCGCUCACUCCUCGACUUGAACAUUUGCACAUGUUGGCAUACAAUAUUCUAAGAGGUACAUGUCAAUUUCUGCCCUUGGUCACAUGACUGGCGCUCUCUGGAAUGGAUGGAGAUGGAUCUCCACGUCAGCUCACGUCUCAAAAUUUCUGCUCGGCGGAUCUGCUUCAAAGCCACUGAAGCUGAAGCAGUUCUGUACUACGAUGCGAGGCAGUACUAUGGUUGUGGCGUGCCCAACCAAGUGUCAUGAUGGAUUUUGAUGAGCGGGUACCCGUUGGGUCUAACAUGUAUUUGCCCGGCUGUGCUUAUUACGUGUCUGGAACGGAAUUUUCCAGUCUUCCUCCUUUUCUGCCCCAGACCCCGUCUUCGUGCCCCAUGACAUACUCAUACUCCACGUCCAGUUUGCCACAAGUUCAGAGCGUUAGAGAGGUAUCUUUCAGGGACUAUGCCAUUGACACGUCCAGUAAGUGGCACUCCAGGGGCAAUCUGCCACACUGCUACGCGACCGAGGACAUGGUGCACAGGGACUGCCUGUCCAAUCCUGGAACUUUGGGGGACAUGCUAUCGAAAAAUAACUCGGUUCUUUACCACUCCAACAGCCACACGAGCCACACGUCCAACGUGUACGGUAGCGUAGGGAGGAACGGAGUGCUUCCCCAAGCGUUUGACCAGUUUUUCGAGACCGCGUACGGGAACGUGGAAAAUCAGCCGAGCGAGCAGCCGGUGGACAGAGCAACCGGCAAGGCGCCUCCGCCCGCGGAAACAGGUAGCGACAGUUGUCGGGGAACGGAGGAGACAGAGCGCUGUGAAGAGACGAGCAGCCCGGAGCCAUCUUCCGGUAACAACGAAGAGAAAUUCAGCGGCAGCAGUAAUGGACAGAAGACACGGAAAAAGAGGUGUCCUUACACAAAAUAUCAGAUCAGAGAGCUGGAGAGAGAAUUUUUCUUCAGUGUUUACAUCAACAAAGAAAAAAGGCUACAGCUUUCCAGAAUGCUCAACCUCACCGACCGUCAAGUAAAAAUAUGGUUUCAAAACAGAAGAAUGAAAGAGAAAAAAAUAAACAGAGACCGCUUGCAGUAUUACACCACGAACCCUUUGCUUUAGAUCGUCUAUUGCUGAGAAAUCAUUUAGGCAAGAGGGUUAAUUUCAAGUUCGUGGACGCACACUCCGGCUCCCAGAGGCUGCUGCGAGACGAGAUGUGACCUUCAUUCCUCUCAGAGACUUUUCCAUCGACAUAAACUUAAAUUUAUAUUCUCAGUAAUCUCUACCGUUUGGAAUUAAUACUAUUAUUAUUAUUGUCGUUGUUGUUGUUGUUAUACUGGUAUUGUAAUUUGUUAUUAUUUUCCAUUCUAUACUCAGUUAAAUGACUAUUCAGUUUACAGGGAUUUUAUUUUUGUUAUUACUAUUAUCUGACCAAGAUCUGUACUUUUCGCAUUUGUCAUAUCAGUAAGUAAGCUAUAGGCUAUUCUUGAAAUCAAUUUUGCUGGGAUUUAAAAAAAAAUAAAAAAUAAAAAAUUGGGGAGGGCGAGAUAUAAAUACUAAUGGAAAAGAAGGUGGUUUUUAAUCUGUUAAAUAGCCUACUCCUAGCUACUUGUGGUUUAUAUUAUUAGACUUUGUUUCAUUGAAUAACGCACAUUUCAUGAAUAUAGCCCGAGCUUAUUAAGAACUAAAUGCGUCAUGCGCGCUAUAUAGGCUACUCUUAUACUUGAAUUGUGUGGACUGAAAUUGUAUAGCUAUUUGAUAUUAGGUGUCUUUACUGCGCAUUUUCCAGUAAAAUCGGGUGAUCCAAGUGCGUUCAGAAAUGUCCAAAAACGAGAAAUUCUUAUUUAUUUUUAAAAGGACAUUGGGCAUUACCUAAAGCAUAAGCAAUAACUGAACCAGCAUGGACACUGCUCGAGUCUUCUAAAACCCCGAACCUGAAUUGUAUUUUCUGUUUGAUUUCUGUGUUUCUCGCGUGAAACUAUAUAUCGAUGUUGCAGGAGCUAAUUCAUGUUCAUGAUAAUCUCUCAUGUUUAUUACAUCUCUUCAGUGUUAUAUAAAUCAGUCUCUUGAAAUAUCUUGUGUUUUCUCUCUCUUUCCUGGUGCAGGAUCAAAUGUUUGAUGGAUCUUGCGUUACAUUGCCUCCACGCUUUUCUUUGAUUCAAGGAUCAAGUGUUUGCCGUUAUUAAUGCCUAGUAUCCAUUACGGAACUGCCCAAAACAUAGCUGUGUAUGUCUCCAUGAAUCAAACGGCCUUUCAACAAAUGGUUCUGUGUCGACCUUCCAGAUAAGUCUUUAUAUUAUAUUGCUAUUUUAAGAGUGACAUGUAGCAUCAAUACUAACAUUUCUUGAGAAUUAAACUCUAAGGAAACAUUUUUUUUUUUAUAUGAAAAAAGACUGAAAAGUAUCUUGUUACUUUAUAUAGGCUAAUUUUACAGUUUCCCUGCAUCAAUAUAUCGACGAUCCACUGCGAGAGGAUCACAAAUCUGAUAUGGCUUAUACCACUCUGAAGUCUUAUAAAAAAGGUCGACCAUAAGAUAAUAACGACUGUUUUACGUGAUGACCCUGACGGUUCGCGCAUCCUUUGAGGCUCGAUGGAAUUUCGCCCUAAUUGCGGCACAUCCCCCCGUUGCUGCAGCAACUCGGUCAUAAAACCCGUCUUAGUCUGGAGCAUUUGUAGAAUUGGAGUGAGGUACCAUAAACCGUCUGAGAACCAAGGUUAUUAACUGUGACUAAGAGCUAGAAAACAACGGCUGGAACCAUUGAAAGCUUGUGUUCACGGACUUUUCCGCCAUCAUUUGUCUCAGUGUCCCAUCAUGGCACCACGGCUGGAUUGCUCACCAUUUCGCGCUUUCGACGAUACACUUCUUGUCCACUGGGUGGCGCACUUUAGAUCAAUGUCAUUGCCGGGUAUCUAAAAUCCAAUGCUGAAACAUGUUUACUUUGUGUACGGGCAAAGGACAACGUCUUCGUGAACGAUACAAGCACUGUUUCAGCCAUAGGAGCAGAAGCGAGCAGGGAAGAGAACGACGAGCCUCCCACAUGCGCCCCGGCAAGAAACAAGGAGCUAAGGGGGUCCACUGGCACCGCUUCAUCUCCCGAACCGCCGGACAGUCCGG